CUAGCCAUUAACUUGAAGAUCUGUCUCGUCAACCAUCUGUCUCAACAACCACUGUAUCAGUUAUUUCGCAUCGAAAGGAUUUCAGGAAUCGGACUGUAUCAAUUGUGUAGAAGUCGAUCUCCAUCGCGAAGUGUUUAUGCUGAUUUAUCACAGCAGUUGGAAUCAAUACCGAUCCAGACCACAAAGCCGUCCACAGUACAAUCGCAGGCACCUCAAGCCCCGUCGACAAUGUUCUCCUCCUCAACUCCUCAGUCCUCGCGACCUAUGCGACCUCGAGAUAUACGAAUUAUGUCCGCGUCACCAAUCCCAAAAUCACCAACCGACCAUCAUCUAUCAUCGUCAUCGAAACACACAAGUUCCAAUAGAAGGACAGUAAGCAGUGGAGUUAACGCUCAACUAACAUCAGCAAUGACCAUUGAUGAUGUGCCUCAAAUGACUUCAACCCCUACGUCAAAAAAGAAGUUGCAUUUUCAGAUGAUGGUUGCCCCACAGCCGCACUAUCGUUCACACCACAAGGAACGUAACGAUGACUCGUGUCGAGUUAAUAGCAUUGAUCACAGUAUGGUUCAACGACGUCAAAGUGCUGGUGCUAUAGUGCCAACGUUCGCCUCAACACAGUAUCAGGACAGUCGACGUUCGUAUUGUCGAGAUAAUCCAUUGAUGGUUGGUCCAUCUGGUGAUCAAGUUUUCUACGUGGACGAUCGAACUCCGCGAUCGAAAUCCGGUGGUGAUGAUAUACGAGUAGCCGUGCUCGAACAGCGAGUUCGUGAACUCGAAACUGCGAUGAUUGGUGGCAUGCAGUCACCAUCCACUUCAGCGGCAUCUGCCUCGUUCAUGAUACCGGUCGUUGGAACGAAAGGUGGACGAAUGUUGACACAGUCAUCAGGACAGUUGCUCGUAACUCCGUCAGGAUUAUCUUCAACUCAGCAGCUGAUGGCCAAAGAGAUUGUCGAUAAAGAAGUGGAAAUAGAACGAUAA